UCAGCAGAGAAUCAGAGUCGAUCAAAAAUGGCUGGAGGAAUCAGCGACAUCAAGAAGCUCGAAUAUGAAAUCUACAAGUAUUCUAGCUACUCAUCAUCAUAUUUGCCGGAGAACAUUCGCGAAGAUAAUCCCACCAACCAAACUUCUCGAUGGUCCUCGAAUACGAACAGUCCGCCGCAAUUUUUAAUUCUGAAACUGGAACGACCGGCAAUCGUCACCAAGAUCAAGUUCGGAAAGUACGAGAAAACUCACGUUUGUAAUCUGCGCAAGUUUAAAAUCCUUGGCGGAUUGGAAGAGGAAAGGAUGGUGCUGUUGUUUGAAGGCGGUCUCAAAAACGACUCGAUUCCGGAAACUUUUAAUUUAAAGCAUCGAACGAAUUCGGGUGAACUACUGCCAAUCAAGUUUGUUCAAAUCGUUCCAUUGCUUUCCUGGGGACCGAGCUUCAAUUUCUGCAUCUGGUACAUCGAGCUUCUUGGUAUUGAGGAUUCGAUAUUUAUACUCUCCAAUCUGCGUAAAUACAACAUGCUACGUGAGGUUGAAAUUGUACGGCUUUUUAUGAAGCACUGCCGCCAGCAGGGAUAUGUGAAAGCAUUCAAUGCUCUGCAGGAAGAAACGGGCGUCCGGCUAGAGGACGAAAAGAUGACCGAUUUACACGAUAUUUUGGUCAGUAAAGGAGAUUUUAAGAAGACUGAGGAAAUGCUGGUCGAGUUUAUUAAAACUGGUCUAAUGGAUGACUACCUCUCGAAACAGGAUUAUAAACCGCAUUGGAAUUUACAGUUGACGCCAGAGCAUGAGCCACGACCCGGUCGGCGUGGAGGUCACCAAUUGAUUAUUGAUCCGUUGACUAGCACAAUCUAUUUGUUCGGAGGAUGGGAUGGCAGUGAAGAUUUGAGUGAUCUUUGGUCGUACGACGUGAAAAAUAACCGGUGGACAUUAAUUCACGAGAAGUCAGAACUAAAAGAUGGACCGACGCCUCGGGCUUGCCACAAAAUGGUGUACGAUCAGAAUUCGCAGAUUUUUAUGAUUGGACGUUAUCUGGACAGCGCUUCCCGAACCGAGGAGAACACUAACAGCGAUUUCUAUCUGUACCACACUACAAUUAAAUCCUGGUUCUUGAUCUGUAGUGACACUGCCCAAGUCGGUGGACCGCAGCUGGUUUACGACCAUCAGAUGUGCAUCGAUGUCGACAAACAGACAAUUUAUGUUUUCGGCGGGCGCAUUUUGGAGCCCAAAUUUUCUUUCUCCUUUAGAAAUGAGGAAGAGACAACGGGUGACUACAAGUAUUCGGGUCUGUAUUCGUACCACAUCGACACUAACACGUGGAACCACAUCCUGGUAGAUUGUGGCCAUCCGUCGGCGGCGAGCCCGCAUGUGCAAAGUAUAAAGUCCCGUGUGACUCACUCGAUGCUGUUUCAUCAUAAACACCGCAAGUUGUACAUCUUCGGCGGUCAGCGUGGCAAAGAUUAUAUGACGGAUUUUCUGAUCUACGACGUGGACAGUGGGGAACUAACGAACAUGACACCGGAAAACGUCGGCACGGAUUCGAAAAAUGUUCCCCAGUCGGGCUUCACGCAGCGGGCAACCAUCGAUUGUACGAAGGACGAAAUUUAUGUACUGACUAGUUUGAGUAAGGAAAAGGAACGGCGCGAUUUGAACAUCAAUUCGUUUUGGUUGUUUUCGCUUACGAAGAAGGAAUGGUGCUGCGUGUAUAAAAGCGAUCACUCGAUCGGUGAGAAUUGCUACCUGAAAAAUCAGAAUGCUUGCCCCGAACCAUGCCCAAGGUACGCACAUCAAAUCGUGUACGACGCAGCGAAUCAGGUUCAUUUCUUGUUCGGUGGAAACCCUGGCAUGAACUCGCACUUCCGGUUGGAUGAUUUUUGGAUGCUUCGGCUAGAGAAACCAACGAGGGACCACAUACUGCGCUACUGUAAAUACCUGCUCAGAAAACAAGAGUUCGAAGAAAUAGCCAAAACAAAUCCACUGUCGGCUAUUUCCUAUCUGCAAACAAAACUGUAUGAUAUCAUCGAUCACAACGAUCCGGUACAACUGAAAGAGUUUCACAAACUGGCCUCACUUCUGUUCAAAUCAGACAGUAUGGAUUGUGAAACCGAACCAACUAGUCUUCUCUCUUGUCCGCUCGGUGGAAACUUAAAGCCAAACAGUCAAAAGCACCCGAAUGAGCAUGAACCGAAUGAAGAGAGUGCUAAAAUGAUGCGCGUGGAGUCACCGAAAAGUGCGGACGAGGCAGACGCUUCCAGUAUCAGCUCCCUCAGUAGUGAAUGUUCUAGUUCGCAAACGGCUCGAGCAAUCCCGUCAAGUUCGUCGAGCUUGUCAUCCCGCGCAGGAAAAGGAAACGAUCAACUGUUUGAGCUCAAAAUUAGACGUUGUCUAUUGUACAACAAACUCGUGGACCUGCUUCCAGAGAACCUGUGUCAACCAAAGAAAAAUAUCAGCGAUUUUGUGCUACUUUAAUCGAUGACACGAGCUCCCCAAAUGUACAGUCAACUCUAAUGCUAAUUUCCCUUCCCUACUUGACGCUUUGCAUAUCUUUACUUCGAACAGAUCGAACGGAUUUAAAACGAGGAAACGGAAAUGUGAUAUUACUAACCCAGUUCUGGAAUUGGUCCAUAAAGCUUCCCACAACUAGUUUUCCGUGCUCCUUUUGCUAAUGCCAUUAUUAUUAGGACCCCGUACAGUUUUUCAUACAAGCGAACACAACGGUUCUCAUCAGUCAAUUCUACGGUUUGCACCAUGCGCGAUAUAGGUUAUUUAGUUAUCCAUUAAGAAAGACAAUCAACUCAAUAGUGACGUACAUUUCAACCAAACGACAUCUUUUCUGUUCGAGUUAUUAGUUGUAUUGCAAUAGUUUCUUUUUCGUUCUGACACUGCAUCGUGACGCAUCACAAGAUUUUCUAUUUCUUAUUUUAAGCUUCGUUUUAAAUUGUAUCAUUCGCAAAGUGCUAUUUGUAAUAUAAAUCGUAUUUAAAAUCUCUAAA